AUGGGGCAUCAAGCCCGCAGGUUACGAGAACAUCACCGCCAGAGGCCGUCGCAUCGCAACGCAUACUUCAGUCCCACUGGUCCGCCUAUUCCGUUCAGUGGCUCACGCUUGAAGCGGCCUCCUCCCCGGGUCUCAGCGUCUGCCUUCCCCGAUGACGCCCCAUGGGAUGACCGCCAACAGCUCUGUCCUGGACAAGAGCAUAUUGUGCCGGUGCACAAGGUUUCCUGUACAUUUUUACCAUCGCCAAAGAGUUACCGCAGCGACGACUUCGAGAACACAUACAGUCCAGGGCCUAUGCUAGAUCAAUCUUCGCCACGGCUGCGCGCAUGGAACCAGUUCACUGACCCCAACAACACCACCGUCUUUAUUGGCGGUCUCUCCGGCUACGUCACCAAGGACGAGCUCCGCUCCUUCUUCCAGGGCUUUGGCGAGAUUACAUAUGUUAAGACACGCCCAGGCGAGGAUGAGUUGGUGGAGUGGAUGAUGAGAAGUAUCGAAGGAAACCCUCCUUGGUGUUGCGGUAGAUAUAAUUUAUACUUGUUUGAUACCUAUUCGGUCCCUUUUGCCUGCGUGAUAUGA